CGGGGGGGAGCUGCGGGCUGGCCAACCUCCUGCGGCGCCGCCAGUUGUUUGUUGUCCGCCAGAUGGGGAACGCCUCCACGAAGCAGCUGGCUGGAAACCCGUCUUUUUCGCAUUUCCUGCCCUAAUGCUUUUACCUAAGCGCCUCCUCCUCUCAACACCACCGUCCACUACACAAAUACACACACGUACGCGGACAACGCAGCGACAUGAUCCUUUGUCGACCACGGGAGUCCCAGCCUAUUCGUCUUCGCCAGCUCACCCGCUGCCAUUAAAGCCCACCGGUGGCCGCCAUGUCGAGCCCAACGGGGGACGCGUUUCCCUCCCUCGAUGCGCAGCCCUUCAACACCGCCGAGGCCACCCAGACCCACUCCCCGCCUUCACCUCACACCCACAGAGUACUGCGCAAGCUACAGUCGGCACAUAACCUCGGUGCCAUGGCUCGAAACGGGAACCAGCCGUCUCUGAUAUCCCAGCAGCUCUUUCGAGACAUCCAGCAAGGCGAUGUCGCCUCGCCCUCCUCUCGCCCUCCCGUCAGUCGAUCGGCCCAGAGGCACAGAGCCAACUCCGACGCGAUGAGCCCGUCCGCCCUGGCCAACAACAUCCUCCUGUCCCUCAACAGCAAGCGAUCCGCCCUGAGCAGGACGGUGAGAGCCGCAGACGUCGUGUCUCUCGACAGGUUGAUCCGGGACGGUCCUCCGAAUGGCGAUGUCGGAAGCGCUUUGGAAAGCGCGCGCAUGAAGGUCCUAGACCAGGGCAUCAAGAGCGAUGGCGAUGGCAUGUCCAAAACUAGAAUCUACGUAUGGCUCAUCUUCCUCGACGCGCCUAUCGUCAGGACCAACGAUUACCUCGAACUCAUUCAUCGGGGUGCCUCCCCAGCGUAUUCCAAGAUCCGUAAUGACACGUUCCGAACUCUGACCACUGACCCCCUCUUCCGUCGUCGCGUGAGCGAGGCGAGCUUGAUUCGUCUUCUGAAUGCUAUCGCCUGGAAGCUCCAUGACGCGAAGGAAGAACGCCGCCCUUCGAGCAGCAGGUUAUCCCCCCCGCCGCCCGAGAGCACUAGCAGCUUCUGCAGCGACAUGUCGCAGACAGAUACCUCCUCCUCCGUAGUCAGGAGACGCUGUCGCGCCCUAACGGUUACCACCGAGGACUCUAGCGCAACCGCGUCGGAGCCGGGAACUUACGUGCAGGGGAUGAACGUCCUCGCUGCUCCCUUCCUCUACGCCGCCCGUAGCGAGGCAGAGGCUUUCUCUGCCUUCUACCGACUACUUACCAAGGAGUGUCCAGGAUACAUCCGGGGCGCGAUGGACGGUGUCCAUCGCGGGUUAGCCCUUGUUGACAAAGUAUUGGCGAUUGUGGAUCCCAAGCUUAGCCACCGCCUGACCUCCAAGGGUCUGUCGGCCGAGAUCUAUGCCUUCCCGUCCGUCCUGACCCUCUGUGCCUGCACCCCUCCUCUCCCCGAAGUCUUGAAACACUGGGAUUUCCUGUUCGCCUACGGGCCGCAUUUGAACAUUAUCUGCAUCGUCGCCCAGCUGAUCAUGAUGCGAAAUGAACUCCUCAGCUCUCUGAGUCCUAACAAGCUUCUCCGUUCGUUUCCGACUUUGCAGGCAGAAGUAAUCAAGCGAACCGCACUGGCCAUCAUCAAGAUGAUCCCGGACGAUGUUUACGAAGAGAUCGUCAAGCAUGCUCUAUGAUAUAGCAUUGACGCAAAGCAAGUUAUACGCCGUAGGAUGCCGGCUGAACAAAACAGCCGCUGCUUCCGAUUCGGGACCCCCCUCCUCCCCCUCGUGACAAAUAGCGAUCUCUCUCCUGUGUCCAAAGGCACUAGGGGAUCCCGGCAUAAUACAUACCCUGGAAGCCGAGGAAAGCGAAAGACACGCAGUUUCUCUUUGGAUAAUAGGAUAACCAAGCACGCCGUCAUGCAUUUAGAGAUCUCUGGCGGGAUCAGGGAGGGAAUGAAACAGCCCAAAAGGAGGGAAGCUAACGCUACUUCUCUGUACACCUAACCAAACACACAGCACUGAUGAUGCAUAGAAGGCGA